UGGAAUGGAGCAAGGAAAAGGAGUCCCUUUUGAGCAAGUUAGUGGAUGAGAAGAGCGCAGAAUUGAUGGCUUGCAAGAAGGAAUUGGAAUGGAGCAAGAAAACGGAGUCCCUUUUGAGCAAGGAAUUGGAAUACCAGCUGGAAGCCACUCAGGCUAGAAGAGAAGUUGCGUCAUUGAGAGCCAGAUCUGAAGCUGCUCUUGCAAUAAGGCAGAGAACCUUAAUUGAAAGGGAGACAGCUGCAAGAGAUGUCGGAGCUGUCCUCGCCGAACGAGAGGCAGCCGUUGCUGCUGCUGAAGCUGCUGUCCGCGCUAGGGAGGCCGCUGUAAGCCAAAGGGAGGCAGCUGUAGCUGCUCGUGAAGCUGCUGUCCGCGCUAGAGAGGUCGCCGUAGCUGCUCAAACUCAACCGCGAUAUGAUGAUUAA